CACUUGGCCUUUGCAAUCAACUCUUCUUAAUUAUUCCACCCCUAUAGCUAGCUAGCUAAUCAUGGCUAUCUCUAAGCUUCUUGUUGCUUCCCUUCUUGCAUCAUUUCUCCUUUUUCAUCAUCUUGUUGAUGCAACAGAUCAAUCGGCAUAUGCACAAACACAGGGUUCUCUUCUUCAACAAAUAGAUUGUGAUGGAGCAUGUGUUGCAAGGUGUCGAUUAUCAUCUCGUCCAAAUUUGUGCCAAAGAGCUUGUGGGACUUGUUGCAGAAGAUGUAACUGUGUGCCACCUGGCACUUCUGGCAACAAAGAAAAGUGUCCUUGUUAUGCCAGCCAGACUACCCGUGGUGGCAAACCCAAGUGCCCUUAAUUGGAGGAAUUUGGAUCAUAAAUACUCCUAUGAAAUUAAUAUCCACACCGUUACCAUGCAUGCAUAACAAUAUUCCUUGGUCUGAAUUGAACCACAUGUAAAAUAAAAUCCAGUUUUCAAUACCUGUUGAAUUACCGUCUGUUUAGUUAAAAAUAAAUAAUCUUAUCAUUGAUUUGUUUGAUCGCUUUGAAUUCUAUAGGAAUAUUUGUACUACUACCUAUCAUUCGUAAUAUUAAUCAAAAUUUAUAUUAGUGUUUACUAUUAAAAAA